CCGAAUGCCGACGUUUGCUUAUCACGUCUGUACUCCUCGUACUGUAACUAAAGUGAAAUGAUCACAGUAGUGUAAAGGUAGUGAUGUCUAAAGAAAACCCAGCCAGGUCAUUUCUCACCCGAGGAGGAAGAACAUACGACUCAUGGCUCUGAGUUUAGCCGCUUUCACUGUGAUUUGUGUCGGGUUGUGGGACCAGACCUUCCCGGCAGUCGCUCAGUCUUGUGUGGAUGAGAAAAGACUGAAGGAGCAGGUGGUCUAUGUGGGCCAGCAGAGACCCCCAUAUGAGCUUCGUUGCCCUCUGGAGCCCCAGAUCCAGCUGACAUGGCUGAAAGACUGUGUGCGCCUUGACACACAGAAGGAAAAGACCUACUUGGAUUUCCCAAGUGUCAAUUGGGAAGACCAAGGGAAUUACACCUGUGUGAAUCACAGCAACAGCACAACCUCUUACACUGUGCGACUCAUUGUUAAGGAGUCCCAGUGCUCCAAAGUACCAGAGUUUAAACCUAAUGGGGGCCGGACUGAACUCGUCGGGAAUGUGGGAUCUACUGUGAAACUGAACUGCACCGCUCUCCUCCUCUGGGACCCAGAUGAGGGGCAAUGUGACACCACGCUGCACUGGAGUAAAAACGGCCAUCUGCUCACUAACCUCACACAGCAGAAUACAUCCUCGUGGUCUCCUGGUGCUGGGCAGCUGGUAAUAAACAGUCUGCUAGAAAUCACGCCAAAGGAGGAGAACGAUUUUGGGCUCUACAGCUGCACAGUGAGAAACACCUCCUAUGAAUUCAGUCUACAAGAUUGUGAUCAUCAUCCAUUAGUCACAUGUGAAAUACCACCCAGGCCAAGCCACACAGCUGCUGUUAUCGCAGCCAUCAUCCUCCUCCUCUUCUUGGGUGUAGCUGCUCUUGUUUACUCCAGAUGUCACCUCAACAUCAAACUGUGGUACAGAAACAUCUAUGGAGAAUAUGAACUCAAUGAUGGGAAAUCAUAUGAUGCGUACAUUUCUUAUGUGAAUAAUGACUAUGACAGGAAGUUUGUUAACUUUAUUCUCAAACCCCACCUUGAGAAUAAAAAUGGAUACAAAGUGCACCUCAACGACAACGACAUUCUACCUGGUGCAGAGCCUUCUGCGGAGCUGCUGAUGAACAUGAGUCGGUCUCGGCGUCUAAUUGUGUUGCUUUCUCAUGCUUACCUGGAGCAGGACUGGUGCUCAAACAACUUCAGACAAGGCCUCCUGCACUUGUUGGAGAUCUGUCAGCGGCCAAUCCUCAUCGUGUUGGAGGGCCAGGCCAAACGCAUGACGUCUGAGAUUAAGCAACAGCUCAGUGAGCAGCAGCACCGCCUCACCAUCCUCACCUGGAGGCACAAUUCAGUGACUCCUUCGUCAGUUUUCUGGAAGGAGCUGUCCUUAGCCAUGCCUCGGAAAGUUGUCUGCCGUAGUGAGUCUUCAGGUGACCCUCAGACUUUGCUACAAGAUGAUAAGGACCCCAUGCUGAGUCUAGACCCAGACUACCUGGACUGCCGCUCAGACACAGAUCCAGCUGGAGACCUGGGUGUUCGUCUCCCCGUGUACAAAGCUCUGGCCUGUAGAGCUCCUGUCCUUCCUGCUGCUCCAGUCACAUUUUCUGAACCCAAACCCUCGGACAUUGACAUGUCUGAUCUGGGAUCACGCAACUAUGCAGCUCGCUCUGAUUUCUACUGCCUGGUUACUGAGGAUAUUUAAUCCCAAACUUUUACAUACACUGUAAUUCUCUGUGUUUUUGUUUGUCUUGUCCGUUGUGUCAUUCAAAGUGCUACUGUUGUCUGUACUCACUUACCAAAGAUCGAUUUGAUGUUUUUAUUUUUUUUUUACUGAUGUGUAAAAUAUUUUAUGAUAAAUUAUGCAAGAAAUUAUCUGAAAUACUUCUGUCAAUCAGGGAGAGAAUUAAUUUGUAUAAAUAAAACUCUAAAGCGAGAUUUUUAUUCUUAUUUACAGUAAAAGUCUUUGUUUAGUCCCCAGCAGAGGGCAGAGUAAUGUCAAAUACAGCAGGAAUUCUGCUUUUAAAGCAAGUUAUUAACUUUUGACAGCAGAUAAAACAAAGGUGGUUGAGAAAGACAUGUGGCGUGGUGUUAUGGUGUUAUGUUUGUUCGGGUGCUGUUUUCAGCUGGAGCAGUAGGAUGUCUGUGGCUGAAGAGUUGUGGUUCCCGACAUUUCUGUACAUGUUGGGGCUUUGUAUGUAAAAUAAACUGACUCUGAUAACAUCAUGGAAAUUAUGCAAAUAAAGCUGUUUGACAAAAUGCCUGGCUAUU